AUGUCGGAGGCCGGACGGAGCCGCGCUGGUUGCCGUGGUGACCGGAAAGCCCGUGCUCCCCCGCCCUCUCCCCGCAGCCACUCGCAAACAUGGCAGCGGCCGCUCGGCGGCUCCGGGCCGCGGCUCCGGUGGGGGAAGGUCACAGUGCCAGCGCUGAGUGAGGCGGGACCCCCGCGCCCCACCAUGUGGAAACUCAAUAAGAGCAGCAAAGUUCUCCUGGACGAUUCUCCGGACGAGGAAGAGACCCGGCUCCGAGACCCGCCGCCGUCACCUCAGCCAGCCGCCAGCGCCGCCGCCUCCGCCGCGCAGAAUAAGGACCAGUUUCUUCAUGAUGAAGUUACAUCUUCUGUGUCACAACUUGCAACAAAGGUUCAGAGUGCAAGUUUUCGGGGUUGGAAAGAAGUGACCUCUAUGUUCAAUAAAGAUGAUGAACAACAAUUGCUAGCAGGAUGCAAGGCUCCAAAAUCAAAAGGAACUAAUUUAAAAUUAAAAGAAGAUGUGAAGUCAGAAAAGAAAUCUGGAUUUUGGGACAGUUUGGCAAUAAAACAGAACACCCAAAGCAGGAAACCAGAUCAGAUUGAAGGGUGGGAACCACCACAGAUUACUGCUGGAGACCCCGUCAGUGAUGCAGGAAAUACUUUAAGUGACUAUCCAUCCUGGGCAGGCUGGGAAGAUGAGACCAAAGGCUCCACAAAAUACACAAACCUGGCCAGCUCAGGAAACAGUUCCAGGUGGAGUAUCAAAUCAGCAGGAAAGCUGGUUAGUAUUAGAAGACAGAGCAAAGGUAACCUUACUGAUAACUGGGAAGAACUAGAAUGACAUUGAUAAUGUGAAAUACUUUACAAAUAAGAAUAGAAAAGUUCCAUGAUUUACAUGUGUAUUUAAACCAAAAUUAAAUCUGCUCAAUAUUGCACCUUUAUACAGUACUUUGUUUUAUUCGAAUUGUUAGAGAUUUUUUCUCACAUUUUCUUAUUACAUUAUUAGUCAGGUUUUCCACACUAAAAAGAUGGAGAACCUAUUUGUGUACCUAUAUUUCAUAUUCAGACUCUGCAGUAUGUUUGGCUGUUGGUUUUACCAAAAAGAAGAAAACAAGUACUUCCUUAGUGAAUGUAAAAUACAGGUUGUACAUUUUGACUGCCUUAUGUAGGAACUUCCAUGAGCCUGGGGUCCUGGGGUUUCUGAUUCUUACGGAUCACUCAAGAUUUUAUUUUUAAUUCUGUCUCUUUAAGUAACAGUGCCGAUCUGCAGCUUGCCACAACAAUGCUUCUAUUUGGUACACUGUUUUUCAGAUCUUCAGCAUGAGCACAUGCUUCUCUGGUUUGUCCAUACAAGAUGCUAAAUUUUCACAAUGUGCUAUGUAUAGUACGUGAAAUGUGAGAACACCAAAUGAGUCUUCCGAAGUUUAUACUGAAUGGUCCUUAUUGUUGUGAAAAGUUGGCAGUUUUUAAAAACAAAUUUGUCAUGCUAAAAAUAAAACGUAAAAAAUGUAUUAAACAUCAGGAAAGCAGACAUUACAGUUGGAUUUAAGGGGAAUUCAAUAUUCAAAACCCUUACCCUUCUAUCUAGGGAUAUAUUGCUUCUCAUGGAGGUGGUGGCAGGUUCUUGUUUUUACAAAAGCUGGUCCUUGUUCUCCUUCAAAUUGUUUAAUCUUGGUCCUACGUUUAUUUUUUGGUAAGAAAGGCUCUGAUGAUGCCCUUUGGCAUUUUCAGUAUAGCUAAACAAUUGCAAGUAGAUUUGCACACAAGUUUUAAUGGUUUUUUGUUAUAAGGCUCCAUCUUAUUAGCUACUGAUACUUUUAUUUUUAGUGAAAAGGGGCGAAACAUGAAACUUUACACUAGAGAUGUGAGAUGUAUAUAAAACACUAAAAGUGCCUCUUUAUAACAUGCCAUUAUUUUAAUGACAUAAUUAGCAGUAUGUCCAACAUCCGAUCUAAAACCAGUUUCCAUUUUGUUUUAUAUAUACUGUAUAAAUGCUAUUUUAACAUUUAGGGGGAAAAACCCCUAAUGUUUUAUCAAAUACAGAUGUUAGGAUUUUUCUCUCCUGAAUGUUAAACUGGUAUUAUAGUUACAAAUUAGAUAGAAUAUAACAUAUGUCAUUUGUAACUCUUUCUAUAUUAUAUAUUCUAUAGCAAUAUGACCACCAUAAGUAGGAAGCUCAAAUACCCAUUUCAGACAAAAUCAAAACCUUUAUAAGAAAUUAAAAUGUACUGUUAAUAUGCCAAGCAUGUCGUGUUGUAUAAAUAUUUCUUACAUGACGUCUCUGCUAACCAAAAAGGAUAGCUGCAAUUUUCUUAAAACAUUUCUGCUGUUGCCUCUCUUUCCACUGCUGCAUUUGUCCCCCAACACAUAAACAUAUGUAUGUCCUCCUGGUUUGCAGUAUCCAAAUGGAUAUUCAUUUGAAAUCAGUGAAAUCUCUGCUAUAUAGAUCUGCCUGUAGGGAAACAGUAUGUCAAAGCGUGUCUUUUUAAAAAAUAGAACGUUAUGAGACACUAUUUUAAAAUUAUAUAAAGGAACAGCAAUGGUUGGCUGCUGCAAAACUGGGUUUCUUGGUUUUGCAAAUUUAUUAAUACAAAAAUUAAUAGAGGAGAAAGGGUUGGAGUUACGUUAUGCUGUAUACGAGUUAGGUAUUAUUAUUUGGCCCUAUUAGGAAAAAUACAAAUUCACCUUAGGCAAAAAACAGGUUUAUACAAACUUCUGUCCUGGGCAUGAGUACAGAAAAUCCUUGCUAAAAGGAUGCUCUGUUCUACAGUUUAUUGAAAGCAUUUAUAGAGCUGGAGCAAAAGUGUGGCAUGUUGGUAGUUAGUGCUAACAAAAAGGGAUUGAAGCAAAUCUAUUUGGAACCCUCAAUGUUUGAUUGGGGGAGGAGAGUCACGGAUGCCAUUUUUUCCUCCAGUGGGAGCUCCGUUUAUACUGUUACCAGUAAAAGUUAUGCCUUGCACAUUAUACUGUUAAGUGCCUGUAUUUCACCAUGAUGAUAUAUUUGUGAUGCACAGCUUAACUGAGAAGUUAAUUUUCAUUUUUUGUUUUUAAAUUUCCAAUAAAGGAUAUAGUCUCAAGGCAGAAACUUAUUAUAAAAGAAAUCUGUAUCUGAAUGGGAACUUGAGAUAUGUAAAUGUAAGGUCUGACUUUCUUAGAUAUAUAAAUAUUUUUUAAAAAGUGGCGUCCUCAGACAUAAUUCUUUAAUUAUAAAGACAAAUAUUACAUUUUAAUAUAAUGGUAACAUAUAUAUUAAAUAUUAAAUUUAAUAUAAUGGUAACAUUUCUGUUUUGAGCACACAGUGGUGUGACAUUUUCUUUUGUAAUGUUCAUAGACUUUUUGUUAAAUAUCCAGAGAUUAUGAUUUUUUUUCUUUUUAAAUGUUUAACUACACUAUACAUUCAUGGACUUAUGCUAUACAUAACUCCAUGUGUGGAACAGGAGUAGAAUAUGCCCCUUAAAGUUUGUUUUGAAAUUGCAUUUCAGUCUAUGUGAACUGAUUUAGAAGAAGAUAGCAUCGAAAUUGUAUACUAAGAUUGCACAAAAUGAAUAAAACAUUGUUUAUGUUGCUUUUUCAUUGCCAAUCUGCAUGAUUGUUGUCUUGAACUUAAUUGGAGUAAGAUGCUCCAUAGCUGUAACUAGUCACUUAACAUUAAAUAAAAGUUCUUUACUGAGUAUUUUUAUUUAUUAGUAUCACUUGCAAAAUAUAGUAUUUUCACAUCUUAAUAAAGAAUCAAUUUGAACUGAAA